AUAGUCACUUCUUUCCUGUGCUUCUUCCUGUUAUCUCUCAAUAGUUUGAUGUCAUUAAUAUCGUGAGAGGUUAUGUUAUCAAUUUUUCAAAAUAUAUUUUAAAUUUGAGAAAUAUUUUUGAAAAAUAUAUUCCUAUAAAUCGCUGUUAUCGAUACAUUGAUAGAUAAUGAAAAUUAUCUUAUCAUUUUACCAAUUUACGUGACUAGAAAAGACAAAUAUCGACAAAAUGGAUAACAAAUCGCUGGAAAACGAGUCAUUACAAAACGUAAAAAGUGUAUUAAAAUUUCUGAAUUUAGUGCAUGAAUUAAAAUAUUCUGUGAGAAGAGGAUGGGAAAGAAGGGGUGUAGAAGGGGCUGAAACUAUUUCUGGGCAUAUGUACGCCAUGGCUAUGAUGACAUUUCUUUUACCGAACAACUCCAAUUUGGACAGAUUAAAGUGUUUGCAAUUAACAGUAAUACACGAUUUGGCUGAGUGCAUAGUUGGAGAUAUAACUCCUCAUGAUGGUAUUCCGGAAGAAGAGAAACACAGAAGAGAAGAUGAAGCUAUGAAAGAUAUUUGUGAAUUAGUUGGUGGUGAACAGGGACAAUUAAUGCAGGAACUUUAUAAGGAAUAUGAAACCAAAGCCACACCCGAAGCAAAGUUUGUUAAAGAUUUAGAUCGAUUUGAUUUUAUAUUCACCGCAUUUGACCUUGAAAAGAAAAGGAACAAACCAAGAGAAUUUCAAGAUUUCUUCGAUCAUAUGGAGGGACAAUUUGAACAUCCUUUAAUUCAGGAAUUAGUAAAAGGAUUGAAUGAGGAAAGAAAUCAAUAUGGAACAAAUUCUAAAUAAUUCUUAUAAUUUAUUUCAAAGACUUAGCUUAUUGUUGUUAAUCAUUUGUUAAAAUAUAAUAUAUAUUUGAUAUAUUUUAUUAAAUAAUGAUAGAAUUAGUAUCAAAUGUAAGUUAUUUCAAUCAUUCAUAACAAAAAAUAAAUAAAUUUAAACUUUGUAACACUAUAAA